UACAAUUUGCAAAAAAUGCGAGAAAUAAAAUGGCGAAGAGCCGAGAGCCAAAGACAAGUCCUUCAAGUCAUCUAGAAAGGUGUCACCAUGGAUUCAGAGUCGAACCUGUUAGAAGAAUCAUCCGCUUCUUCUUCUUCUGGUUUCGAUAGAGAUCGCCAUGUGACGUUCUUGGAGUUGAUGUACCAGUUGUUACCUAUUCAGUAUCAGACUCAAGAGAUUAACCACCUUACACUUGCUUACUUCGUGAUCUCCAGCCUUGACCUUCUUGGCGCCAUGGAUCGUGUCGACAAGGACAUCAUUGCUAGUUGGGUCUUGUCCUUUCAGGCACUUCCUACAAAGAAGGCCGAAAAAACUAAUGGAGAAUUUUAUGGAUUCUGUGGAUCAAGAAGUUCUCAGUUUCCUCCAGAUGAGGAUGGGGAUUUAAUUCACAACGGUAGUCACUUGGCAAGCACAUACUGUGCCCUUGCAAUACUGAAGGUCAUUGGUUAUGACUUCUCCAAUAUUGACUCUGAAUCAAUUGCAAUCUCAAUGAGAAACCUUCAGCAAUCUGAUGGAAGCUUUGUGCCUGUCCAUAUUGGAGCAGAGGCUGACCUUCGGUUCGUCUAUUGUGCUGCUGCCAUCUGUAAUAUGCUUGAGAAUUGGAGCGGCAUGGACAGACAGAAAAGUAAAACCUACAUAUUGAACUGCCAGUCAUAUGAUGGUGGCUUUGGGUUAACUCCUGGUUCAGAAUCUCAUGGCGGUGGAACGUAUUGUGCUAUUGCAUCUCUCCGUUUAAUGGGUUUCAUUGAAGAUGAUCUUCUCUCUAGAGAUAAUUCUUCUUCCAUAAUAAACGCCCCGUUGUUGCUGGAGUGGUGCUUGCAGAAACAGGCAGCUGAUGGAGGAUUUCAAGGUCGACCUAACAAGCCUGCUGACACUUGUUAUGCAUUUUGGAUUGGAUCUACCUUGAGGAUUUUAGGAGGCUUCGAUCUCAUUAAUAAGAAGGCUUUGAAGGGAUUUCUGCUGACGUGCCAAUUUAAGUAUGGUGGUUUCAGCAAGUUUCCAAGGGACUUUCCUGAUUUAUACCACACCUACUAUGGAUUUACUGCAUUUAGCCUCUUGGAAGAACCCAACAUCAACUCUCUGUUUGUUGAACUGGGAAUAACAGAAGCUUCUGCCUGGAGGAUUUAACGUGAUAAUGUCGAUUAACAUGGUACGAAUCAUCUUCACUGCUACACCAAAUCGGGUAUCAUUUAUUUGCCCCUUUCUAAAUCCUUCACUUGGUCUACACAACUUAUCACAACGACAUUGAUCAUAGCUGUUCACAAGUCUAGAUGGAGCUUCAUCAGACUCCUGUUUUGUAGUUUAAUAUUUCAAGUGUUAAACACAAGAUCUGGUUUUGAUGCUCUGUUUCUUUAAGUUAAAGUAAACACAUUUAGUUUCCACAGCAAUUUAUCAGUAACAUUUUGUUCAUUCUUCUGGAUUUGCUGACAUAAAUCUGUGGGCAUAGUGCAUGAACAUA